UGUACCUUAAACGCGUUAUAAGUUACGUGCAAAUCCUGCAGCCCUCUGUAAAUGGGAGUGGUCACUUGCCACAUUUAUACCAACGCUGUUUCCUAUGUGGUUCAACCGCUCCGCGAAGUUGCUGGAAAUUUACCAUAAUCAAGAAAACGAAUUAGUUUUACCUCGGGGAGCUGGUAUAAAAGAACUGUCCCGACUCAUAAGUGAUAUCAGUCGGGCAAACCGCGCGAUAACCUGUAAUAUGAAGUUGUUGCUCUUAUCUUUGGGCUUGGUGACCCUGGCGGUCCAAAUUUUUAGCCAAGAAUCCGUCGCGCCAACCGAAAUUGGCGAGAGCAACGAGGUACCCGCGGGAGCUAUCGUCGCUCAGGAACGAUCGAUUCAGGAACCGGAACAAACGGAGGACAAAAAGAUUAACAAACGCAGCUACGGAUUCGGGCCAUGGGGGUGGCCUGAAUACGGAUGGCCAUGGCCCGGCUGGGGAUACGGCGGUUACGGGGGUCACGGAUGGUACGGGGGAUGGUAUGGCGGUCACGGUUGGCCGUCGUGGUACAGUGGCCACGGAGGCGGCUGGCACAACAAAUGGUAAUCCAUUUGUUCUCGUCGUCG